GGUGGCCACCGCUAGCUGGCAUCCCUCUAAUCCAGGAGGAUCGUGGAGAAAGAGGCUGUGGGCCUCUCGGGGAGCGAGCUGCGGGUAGCGGCGCACUGGGGACAGGCGCGCGCCUGGCUGUCGCCCUUGCCGCUGUGUUUGGGAGGACUCGAACUGGCGCCAGGAAAUAUUAGGAAGCUGUGGUUUUCAAAGCUAAUUAUGAAAACAUUUAUCGUUGGAAUCAGUGGGCUGGUCUUGAACUCCUGGCCUCAAACAGUCCUCCCACCUGGGCCUCCCAAAGUGCUGGGAUUACAAGGAUGAGCCACUGCUCCUGGCCAAGUGCCUUGAUUUCGUUUUAGUGCUGCUGCACCUGUGAAGCCCAUGCCAGAUUCAUUCACAAAUGCCCUGACUUGUAUUUACAGACAUGAGUCCCAGGUUAAAACACUCUUUCAAUAAACGACUGAGUAGGGAAGUGCCUCCCUCCCGUGUGAUCUCCUAGACCUUGGGAAACUAGAUCUAAAGAGGAGUGACUCAGUGCCCCUUCUCCUGGACUUCACGGUCCGGCCAGAAGGGACAAAUAACUGGCCUGAUGGGAUAAGCUACAGCGGACCUCCCAGCUGGCCCCCAGGUGGAGAGAGAUGGAGAAAAGGAGGCACCACAGAGGAAAUGUGACUUCUUGUGUGACAAAUGGUGGGAAAACAACACUGGCUAAGAAUUUGCAGAAACACCUCCCAAAUUGCAGUGUCAUAUCUCAGGAUGAUUUUUUCAAGCCAGAGUCUGAGAUAGAGACAGAUAAAAAUGGAUUUUUGCAGUAUGAUGUGCUUGAAGCUCUUAACAUGGAAAAAAUGAUGUCAACCAUUUCCUGCUGGAUGGAAAGCGCAAGACGCUCUGUGGUAUCGACAGACCGGGAAAGUGCUGAGGAAAUUCCCAUUUUAAUCAUCGAAGGUUUUCUUCUUUUUAAUUAUAAGCCCCUUGACACUAUAUGGAAUAGAUGCUAUUUCCUGACUAUUCCAUAUGAAGAAUGUAAAAGGAGGAGGAGUACAAGGGUCUAUGAGCCUCCAGACUCUCCAGGAUACUUUGAUGGCCAUGUGUGGCCCAUGUAUCUAAAGCACAGACAAGAAAUGCAAGACAUCACAUGGGAAGUUGUGUACCUAGAUGGAACAAAAUCUGAAGAGGACCUCUUUUUGCAAGUAUAUGAAGAUCUAAUACAAGAACUAGCAAAGCAAAAGUGUUUGCAAGUAACAGCAUAAAGACGGAAUGCAGCAAAUCCUUCCUGAAGUGAAUUAGGAAACUCAAAGGAGUAAUUUAAGAACCUUAACCAAGAUACAAGGUGUACUGUGGUACAAUGACAGCCAUUGUUUCAUAUGUUUGAUUUUUAUUGCACAUGGUUUUCCCAACAUGUGGAACAGUAAAUAUCCAUGCCAAUGGACAGGACUCUAGCUUAGCAAGUUGCUCCCUCUCCAGGAAGCACAUAGAUAUAGCAGAGCUCACAGUGAGUCAGAGAGUCUCCACUUUUUGAACAUAGCUCUAAAAUGAUGAUUGUCAAACUUUUCUAACUGGAGCUCAGAGUAAGAAAUAAAGAUUACAUCACAAUCCAAUAUAUGUAGAAUUCAUUGUAUGUGUAUUUGUGUGUCUGUAGGUGUGUAUAUGUGUGUGUGAUACAUACAUCAAGUGUCAUAGGACAUUGACCUUAUAUAUUCUGCACUGUGAUGUUUUUCCAUCUUUAAUUUCAAAAAAUAUAUUGAUCACAACCACAAUUUGGAAAAUGUUGCUCCAUACCAUCCCAUACCACACUCACCACCUGCAAAUAAUAGCAUUACUAGGAGCUGCAGUCACAAUGAAUAAAUCAACAAUUUGCUACAAGAUCUAGGAUUAUUUAUGUAUUUUGGUGGGGGGGGUGUGUGUGUGUUUGCAUGUAUCUAAUACCAUUGUAUCUCAUUGUUGAGACUUUGUUACAAAUAGGGUUUCUGGGUUUUUUCCCCCCACUCCUGGUUCAUUUUGUUUUUGUCAAACCAGUGGUCUAAAAUCACAGAAAUAAGCAGUUACUUCAGUCAUGUGGAAUCCAGGGGACCUAUCUUUGGAAAGCACAGGAAGGAGGUCUGAACUGUGUGAUCUCUUGAGGCUGCUUUCAAUGCUGGAAUUUAAAUUAUGUACUGGACAAUCUUUUGCUUAUUCAUAACAAAAAGAUUACAGACAA